AUGGCUUCAAAUGGAACCGCACCCGCCCCUGCCCAGGCCGGCGUGAUUGACCAAAAUGAUGUGAAUGACUGGGUGAAGCGCUUCAAUGAGGCCCUGGCCGAUUCGACGACCGUCACCGCGCCAGCAGCACAAGAUGCCCGCCCGUGGCAUUCAUCCUUCUUUGGCUGCUUCGCACCUAUUGAUACUUGUUUCAUCACCUGCUGCGUACCGUGCGUCACCUUUGGCAAAACCCAUCAUCGCAGCCGCAAGCAUGGAAACAUGGAGGGAUACAACUUUAUCAACGCUUCUUGCCUCAUGUUCACCGGUUUCUCCUGCUUUGGUCUCCACUUUAUCCCCAUGAUGUUCCAGCGUGCCGACAUCCGCAAGAAAUACAACCUCCAGGGCGACUGCGUUGGGGAUCUGCUCACGUCGUGCUGCUGCGGCUGCUGCUCGCUCAUCCAGCAGGACAAAGAGGCCGAGUUCCGUGAGAAAGAGCUGGCGGAGAAGGUCAACGGCGCCGGGUACACCAAGCCGCAAGACAUGGCGUAUCCGGCUUAA